AUUUUUGAUUUUAUGUCAAGAGGAAUGCAAAUGUAAAUUAAACUGAAUUUACUGGUUAAUCUAUAUUUAUCUAUGAUAGUUGAUAAAAUUAUUAUCUCCAGACGGCAUAUUUGCUUGUUGAUAAAACAAAUCUUCGCUAUGGGCUAAGACAAUAACAAUAGGUAGUGAAUAAACUGUUAAAAAAACUGUGAUUAUAGUUAGUUUUGAAAGAAAAUAGCAGAAUGGAACAUUUUGGUCUCUCUCAUAUACUAUACGAGCCAGACAAAUACAAUCCCGAUACUUUAGAUCUACUUGCUGAUGAAGAAGCAAGAGAGUAUUGGUUGUGUACUUGUGAAAAAUUAGUUGAAAAAUAUGUUAAAUUUGCACUUGUCAAUAAUAAUGAUCCUACAGUAGAAAUAAGAGCUUUGAAAUUUAAAACAUGUUACGUUGAAGCAUUAAAAGAACUUAGAAUAAACCCUCUAGCUCAUGGCCAAUUGACCAUACGUCUACUCCUUGACAUCAACGAAACAUGCCUUCGUUCUCAGGGAUUCUUUGAUCUGUGGAAACAACAAAAGAAAUUUGAAAAUGAAGGAGCAUUGGCAAGUCUCAGUUCCAGAUUAGCAGAAAUUGAUGCCAUAACUAAUGAUAGACAACGUUGGACUGAAUUAUGUAGAGGUGUUUUAGCUGGCAAUAUGUUUGAUUGGGGAGCCCAGGCUGUUACAAGUAUCUUAGACUGUGGCCUUUAUGAAGCCCUUGAAAAAAUCCAGAAAAGACCUUGGCUGUUUGAUGGUUUAGAAAAAUGGUUGGAUAAAUUGGAGAAAACUGUUCAUCACUGUGCAGCCAUAUUUGUUGAUAAUAGUGGGGUUGAUAUAGUUCUUGGUAUUUUGCCAUUUGUACGUGGCUUGUUACUAAGAGGGACAUCUGUUAUACUUUGUGCCAAUGAAUGGCCUGCACUCAAUGACGUCACCAAUAUUGAACUAGAAGAAAUACUACAGCAUGCUUCACUUAUAUGUCCAGUAUUAGCAGCUGCAUUGUCUACUGGAGAUUUAGUAGUAAAGUCUAGUGGUCAAAGGGGACCAUGUCUCGAUUUUAGAACUAUAAGUAUAGGUCUUUGUACUGAAAUGAAAGUGCGUGGAGUUGACUUAAUUAUACUUGAAGGAAUGGGAAGAGCCCUUCAUACAAAUUUCAAUGCUUGUCUAGCUGUAGAUUCAUUGAAGUUAGCAGUAGUGAAGAAUGCGUGGUUAGCACAGAGACUUGGAGGACCACUGUUUUCUGUAAUAUUUAUUUAUGAAGACACCCCUAUUAGAACAUAAUAAAACUGUAAAUAUUAAAAUAUUGUGAAAAUCAUGAUUAUGCCAGUAUUCAGUGUAAUUAAUUCAUGAACUUUCUACAAUGUUUCUGCAUUCAUAUCUUGAAUGUUUGUGGCACUGUUCAUAUAUUAAUGAUUUCUGAAUAUAUGGAGCGUUUUAUUGAA